CUUGACAAAUCCUGCCCCUUGGGUGCUCGCCUCGUUCCUGCAUCGUCGUGACAACGUUCGCGCGCCACUCGAGUGGAGAAACGUCCUGGGGGAGCGAGAGGUACAUUAAAGGGAAGCCCGACAGGAAUAGACAUGGCGACAUCCGGCCAGUGUAUUGUGAUCACUGACGAGGAGCAGGGGUACGAUCUGGACCUCUUCUGCAUACCAAAGCACUAUGCAUCUGACUUAGAGAGGGUCUACAUUCCACACGGACUUAUUUUGGACAGGACAGAGCGACUGGCAAGGGAGAUUAUGAAGGAAAUGGGAGGGCACCACAUUGUUGCCCUCUGUGUGCUGAAAGGAGGCUACAAGUUCUUUGCAGACCUGCUGGACUACAUUAAGGCUCUGAACAGGAACAGCGACCGCUCCAUCCCAAUGACUGUGGACUUCAUCCGCCUCAAGAGCUACUGUAAUGACCAGUCAACAGGAGAAAUCAAAGUCAUUGGAGGAGAUGACUUGUCUACUCUGACAGGCAAGAAUGUGUUGAUUGUGGAGGAUAUUAUUGACACUGGGAAGACAAUGAAGACAUUAUUACAACUCCUUAAACAGUACAAUCCCCAAAUGGUUAAAGUGGCAAGUUUGUUGGUGAAAAGGACACCAAGAAGUGUUGGAUACCGACCGGACUUUAUAGGCUUUGAGGUUCCUGACAAAUUUGUUGUGGGAUAUGCACUGGACUACAACGAGUACUUUAGAGAUCUAAACCAUAUUUGCGUCAUUAGCGAAACAGGGAAGGAGAAGUACAAGGCGUGAAGAGGACCUUUGUAUUUUUUUUAUGGCUGGUUAUGUUUUUUUAAGGCCAAUUUUAUUUUUGAGUCAUCAUAAAAAAAACAUUGCCGCCUCAGGUUAUCCUUGGGGUGCACCGUAUAUUGUGACGUUUGCCCAUUUUAGUUCCCUCCACACUGCCUCGCAAGUUUCAAUUUUUUGCCUCAGAUAAAGACAAGUUUGGGCAAUACAACAGAUAUAAAUCCACGAAACUGCGCACAAUUAGUAGGGAAGUCAAUGGUUAACCUUUCUGAAGUAUGAAAUGGUUAACCUUUUAAAGCAGUUUUUUUUUUUCCUUACUGUUUGGACAAAGUUCAGAGACUAUAAGGCCACAGCAUGGGUUUGUGAUUUUGAAUUCUGCAUUGGUAUUUAUUAUUAUUUUUUUUUAACUAUCACUUGGUUGAUAAGUUAGGAUCACUAGUUAUGAAAAUGUCCAAAUUCUCUCCUUUAUUCUCACCCACUUCCUCUCUUUGUAGUAACCCACUUCUUCCGUGACCAUCACACUAUGGUUUUAUGGUUUGAUAAAAGUGAUACAGUACAACAUACUAUACUAUAUUGUAUGUGGAGCCCCUAAACCCUACACAGGGUCCUAGUUGUCCAUUGCAGUGCUUCUGUACGUAAAUUCACUCAACGUGCGGGUAUGAGUCAUCAGCUGUCAUUUUUUAGCGAUGGUCCAUUCCAGUCGGGUUCGGCUGUGUCACGCGGUGUGCGGUGGGCCUUAGUCUCCUCAGCACUUUUCACUUUCUCUCCACACUUAGAAUAUUAAACUAGCAUCUUAUUACUGGUCAAACCCAGUGUCUGCUGGUGUGUAUGAUAUACCAAUUAUAUACAAGCACAUGCUGCCAAUUUUUCAUAGACUCACAACAUUGAGGCAACUUUCUCUGUGUGAUAGAGAUUGUUACUUCCUUUAAUUUGCAAUUCAUGAGCCUAAUAACAAUUGGCUUUUAUUUUCUUAACAUUUUCAGAAAACAAGAAAAAAACUGUAGGCUACAGUUGCCUCAAUUCAAGGUUUGCAGAUUUCCAUGACUGAGAAUCUACACAGACAUAAAAAAAAAAAAAAGACCGUAAGCACAUUGGUACUUUUUCUUUACAGUAUAUUGUGACAGUAAGUUAAAAAUGACUGGCUAUUAGGCUAACAAUUUACAAUAUACAGUUAAAGGCAAUGUUUUUGUUACUCCACUGUAAUUAUUGCUCUUAAAAAAUGACAAAAUAAAAUGUCUGUAGGUAUAAUUUUAUUUAUGAUAGAUACAUACUGAAUGAUAAUAAUAAUAUUUACCCAAUAAUUGUGGCCACAUGCUUUUUGACCCAUCACUGAGUUGUAGUUUGAACAUUUAGCACUUACAAUAUUGAAAGCAAUGCUGCUAGCUUGAUGUGCAGUACAAUGUCACUGUCUUCAACAUUUUACAAUAAAGAUUAACAUUUGUUAGUCUGUUUUUCCUUGAAAGUAACACGUAUAUGCCCAUAUUUCAAUGUUUUCACAAGUUGUGGGAUGAUGCUUUGUUGUCAUUUGCUUUCCUAAGGAAAUCGCAUCAAUACAGUAUAUGACCCGUUUAAUCUUGUCACUUAAAUGAGUACACAAAAGAUAAGACAUUCUAGUUUUGAAACUGUUAACCAGACCAAUGUGUUCACCUUUACCUGUUUUUCUACUCCAUGCAAGCGCCCAACCAGUGGUGCCACAUUAUAAAUUAUCACGUUUUGCUGUGCUGUUCAAUAAAUAUACACAUCCAGACUUUUGAAUAUU